AUGAUGGAAUCAAUCGGAAUACUGUCUUUUCGGUUCGCCCUCUACGAUGACGGGUCAAUGAGGAACCCUCUCAUUUCGUGUCACCAACUACGAUUAUGGUACCGCGCGGUGUCCCGUCUUUUCGUUUAUUCCUCUACGAUAAUGAGACUAAGCGGAAUCCUGUCUUCUUUUUCACCUACUAAGAUGAUGGAAUCACUCGGAAUCCUAUCUUUUCGGUUUACCCUCUACGAUGACGGGCCCAUGUGGGACCCUUUCAUUUCGUGUCACCCUCUACAAUUAUGGUACCGUGCCGUGUCCCGUCUUUUCGUUUCGCCAUCUACGAUGAUAAGACCAUGCGGAAUCCUGUCUUUUUUUUCACCCACUUCAUUGAUGUGCCCACACGGAGUCCUGUCUUUUCUGUAUCUAAGAGGGAAAGCUUUCUUCCACGUUUCUCUUGUUCGUUCUCUUCGUCAUCUCUGUCUUCCUGUCAUCAAUCAUUUUUAUUUUGUCUUCUCUUUUUUCUUUUUCACGAUUUCCUCCUCCUCCUCUUCCAUCUUCUUCUUCUUCUUCUUCUUCUUCUUUGUCGUACAGAAUUCCGUCAGGCCAUUGGCCUCGAAUCAAUUUGCGUUUAUUGAAUCCCAUUUACGAAAACUGAUUACUUUUCUUCGGGGCAAAUUACUUUCCUAUCAUUUUCCAAGAAUACGUAAUUUUUCAUCAUCUUUUCUUCUUCUUCUUUUUCUUUUCUUCAUAUUUUCUUCUUCUUCUUCUUCUUUUCUUUCUUCUCCUUCUUCUUCUUCAUCUUCUUCUUCUUCUUCUUCAUCUUUUUCUUCUUCUUCUUCACCUUGUUAUCUGAGCCCGUCUCUUUUUUUGAUUAAUGUUCAUUGUUUUCUUUAG